UGCUUUGUAGUCGAAGUUGACGAAUACAUCCGUUUCACCUUUUCUAAUCCUUUCUGUAUUUCUCUGCCGACGGCAUCCGACUAGCGAUGGCCAAGGUAAAAGCACGAGAAUUGCGCGGUAAGAAAAAGGAGGACCUGCUGAAGCAGCUUGAGGAGCUAAAGCAAGAGCUUGCAGCGCUCAGGGUUGCCAAAGUCACCGGUGGUGCAGCUUCGAAGCUUUCAAAGAUCCGAGUGGUGCGCAAGUCCAUAGCCCGGGUGCUCACAGUAAUCCACCAGACCCAGAAGGAGAACCUGCGGAAAUUCUACCGUGGCAAGCGCCAUAAGCCCAAGGAUCUGCGACCCAAGCUGACAAGAGCUAAGCGCCGUGAGCUUACGCCACAUGAGAAGAGUCUGCGCACCCGCAAGGCUAUGCGGAAAUCAGCCGCCUUCCCCAUGAGGAAGUUUGCCCUCAAGCGCUGACCUUUGGGAACCUUGUUGCUGUAUAUUCGAUGUGGAAAAUGAAAGGAUUUUCUCUUGUCA